AUGGACAUCAGGCAAGAUGAAAAGGAACUAAAACCAGUGUCGCAAUGGUUUCCAAAUUCCGAGUGGAUGAAGCAUUUGCCAUUAUCGCAGUUCGUUGCGGAACACAACAGUUACCUGAGUAGCAAACUCAAGCGGACUGGGCUUGGAGUCAAAGCAGAGCUGAGAAGCAUUCUCAAUUCCGUGCCGGAAAACCAUGAUGUCACUUUGACAGAUCCGAAGAAAGAGAUUGAUCUGCUGCAGUCGCUAAAUGCUAUGCCACUCGAUGUGUUGUCCAACUACGUCCACAAACACGCUGAAGACCUUGGGGCAGCGCAUACUACCCUGGCCCAGAGACGAUCUGACGGUGUCCGAAAAGCCUGGUCAAAGACGGAGAGCCGACGCUCAAUACGGCGGAAUAGCGGGCUCAACACUCGCGUUGCUUUUCUCGGUAGGGCACAACCACGAAAGCCGUAUCGGAGUGUGGCUAACCCGCGCAAGACUGUGAAACUGAAGAUCAAGAACGAAGAAGCCAUCGUGUCCGCAAUGGAACAGAUAUCUGAUCGUCUUCCAGACCUGGAGGUAUACCGGAAGAUCUACCCUGAGCCAAAACUAGGCUUGAUGCUUGUUGAUGCCUACAAGGACAUCAUCAUGCUUGCGCGAGCAGCGACAACUUACUUUCUUGGGUCGACUUGGGGACGACAAGUGAUCAACUUUGGAAGUCCACUUGGUUUUGAGGUCCUAGAGCAAAACAUGAGAGACAACUUCCGGCGUAUCCGGAUAAGAUGCGACGUCCUCCUAGCGCAGCGGGUAGAUGAACUCGCGAACGAGCUCAAAGAUAGUUACGAGCGUGAAGACAGAACCAGGGUUGUUUCGUUACGCGAUGCGCUGAACAUUGGGAAUUAUCGAACACAGGAUGCCGUGGCCUCGCUGAAGCAGUAUCGCACGGCGCUAGCAUCCAGCUUCGAUGACGACAGACAUCGCUCAAAACUAUGCAAAUCAGAUUUGAUGGCCGAAAGAAAGGCGCGCGCCUGGCAAGAGAGUUCGUCCUGUCUUCUCAUGCUCUCGGGCUGCAAUGAAGAAGGUGUCGGUGAAGUGGCACUGUCCUGGCUAUCUCCAGUGGCUGUGGACAUCGUGCUUGACCGGCUAUUUCAACCCCGACCAGUUGCCUUUGAGAUCUGCACCAGAUCAAGCACAUUGCAGAAUGUACUAGCGCGGUUGAUUUUCCAGCUAUUAGAGAAGAACCCGGCAGUGGUCCGAAAAGGCCAGGACUGGUACGACAUCCAGUCGCAUAUUGCCUGGGAGGGUGAUUCAGAAGAAAAGACCGAGCAUCUCUCGGAAGCGUUACUCAAGAUCAUCGAUCUUCAGACAGAGGAAGUGUAUGUUGUCAUAGACAGACCUGAGCUCAGCGAAGAUGAUUCCGUAAGAGACUUCGCUUCGGGCAUGCUCCAUUUGAUCGAGCAUACGAGGAAUGUUCUGAAAGUGCUAAUUGUCCAUCGAGCUGAACUCUGGAAUUGGGAGGAGAAUAAGCGAAGUGUCAUCAGGAAGGGUAUGAGGGACGAGAUCUGCCAAGCGCUUCGCAUCGAUCAAUGCAGGUUGGAGAGCGAUUAG